UGCUGUCCAUUUCCCUUCACUCUCUUUCCCACACUCUCUUACCCUUUCUUUCUCUCUCCCCUUGCGGCUAGGGUUUUUAGCCCCCCCUUACCUCCCUACCCUUCUCUCUCUCUCUCUCUCUCUCUCUCUCCUGAGUUUCUUCUUUUGAUCUGUGAAUCCCUGUGUCUGUAAUAGGACGAUGAAGAUGUUGUGGGUUUAGUCGUAAGGGUUGGUGGUGGCCUUGUCUUAGGGAAAGUGAGGGGUUGGCUUUUCGUGUUGGUGUGUUUGUGAAAGAUGGCGACCAUGAACCCAUUUGAUUUGUUGGGUGAUGAUGCUGAAGACCCUUCUCAGCUCAUCGCCGCCGAACAGCUCAAGGCUGCUGCUGCUGCUGCUGUGGCUCCUAAGAAGGCUCCGGCGGCUCAGGAGCAGGGUAAGCCGAACAAGCUGGCUCAGCUUCCUUCCAAGCCGCCUCCUCCGUCUCAGGCUGUGAGGGAGGCCAGAAAUGAAACAUCUGGGUUUGGACGUGGAGGCCGAGGAGGAGGGCGCGGAUUUGGACGUGGUCGUGGUUUUAGUCGUGACUCUUCCAAUGAUGAGAAUUCUUUCCCUGCCCCUGGAGCCCCUGAUAAUCAGGGUCCUUUGGAAGGAGAUGCUGGGAGGUCCUCGGAAAGACGUGGUUAUGGUGGACCCCGAGGUCCUUACCGUGGUGGUCGUCGUGGAGGUUUCAGCAACGGCGAAGCUGGUGAAGAAGAAGGACGCCCACGAAGAACAUUUGAACGCCGCAGUGGCACUGGAAGAGGAAAUGAUUUCAAACGUGAAGGUGCUGGACGAGGGAACUGGGGAACUCAAACUGAUGAAAUUGCUCAGGUGACUGAUGAAGUUGCGAAUGAAACUGAAAAGAAUUUGGGUGAUGAGAAGCCUGUGGUUGAAGAAGAUGUAGCUGAUGGAAACAAGGAGAGUGCUGCUAAUGAAACGGAAGAAAAAGAGCCCGAGGAUAAGGAGAUGACUCUGGAAGAAUAUGAGAAACUUCAGGAAGAGAAAAGGAAGGCCCUGCAAGCACCCAAGACUGAAGCGAGAAAGGUAGACACUAAAGAGUUUGAAUCCAUGCAGCCUUUAUCAAGCAAGAAAGACAAUCACGACAUCUUCAUUAAAUUGGGUUCUGAUAAAGAUAAGCGCAAAGAGGCUGAGAAGGAAGAGAAAUCCAAGAAGUCUGUCAGCAUCAACGAGUUUCUGAAGCCUGCUGAAGGGGAAACCUACUAUAACCCAGGUGGGCGCGGUAGGGGACGUGGCCGCGGUGUUUCAAGGGGAGGUUACCGUGGAAGUGCCACCAGCAAUGCACCAGCUCCAUCCAUUGAAGAUCCUGGGCAUUUCCCAACCUUGGGUGCUAAGUGAGAUUUUCCAGAACCCUUAUGACGUAUCCCUAUCCUAUUUUCAAUUUUGGGUUCACUGAUUUGAACUUAAGCAGGAAAAGAACCAUAUGGUAAAUUGGAUUUCCUGAAUUAGAACGGUUUUUUAAUUUCAUGGCUUAAAAUGUAAAUUUAGGUUCUUCAUAUGGUUAUUUGUCCCUUGUAGCCUUUUCCCUUAGUACGCUGCUUUUACUGAGCGUUUGACAUUUUGGGGGUAUAUGGUGGCGCGGGUAAGACAUAAAUGUUGUUGAGUUCCCUUUGCUUAAUAGAUUUGCAUCUCAGUUUUGC